GAAGGGACUCCAUUCGAGCCUUGUUAUUAUUAUUCUCAGCUAACUGUCAACCAGAAAGCCACUUGUUUGAAACUUAAACGUCGAAAUGUCGUCAGACUUUGAAGCCUACGAACAGGACUUUGGAACUAUUACGGCAGAAGUAACCAACAAAAUUGGUCGAAUCCCCAAACUAAGUGGAGAGGAGAAGACACAGCUGGUUCUAAAUGUCGACAAACAGCUUGAAGAAGUCAGAGAGUUGCUGGAGCAAAUGGACCUGGAGGUGCGGGAAAUCCCCAUCCAGAGCCGAGCCAUGUACAACAGCAGGCUGAAGAGCUACAAGCAGGAGGUGGAGAAGCUUGAGAAAGACUUUAAAAGGUCACGUAUCGCCUACAGUGACGAAGUGCGCAACGAGCUCCUGGGGGAUGACGCCAGCUCCUCAGAGAACCAGUUGAUAAAGUUGCGUGAAGAGAGAGCGCAUCUGUUGGACAACACAGAGAAGCUGGAAAGGUCAUCACGGAGACUGGAGGCCGGCUACCAGAUAGCGGUAGAAACUGAACAAGUGGGUCAAGAGAUUCUUGCCAACCUGCACAGCGACCGUGAGAAGAUCCAGAGAGCCAGAGAAAGGCUGAGAGAAACAGACGCCAACCUGGGCAAGAGUUCUCGCAUCCUUACUGGCAUGCUGAGAAGGUAAGAGGCAGGAUCAUCCAGAACCGCAUCCUGGUCUUCAUCCUCGGAGCCAUCAUACUCCUCACCAUCAUCCUGGCCAUCUAUUUCAAUCUGCGAGGCCACUGAUCUCCCCUCUGCACACACAUAUAUCUACACACAUACAGGCACCCGCUCCCCCUCUGACACAAAUACAAACACACACAGCCGUGAUUAAUAGCGACAAAAGCGUUGUUCUGCUGUAAUUAGAACAAAUGGUCCCCAUGAAUCACUGUUUCCAAAGCCUGACAGGGAGCUUUUUUUCCGUCUUUCUCCUUUUCCUGUUUCUUUCUCUCUUUCUUUCUUUUUUAAAAAAUCUUUUUAUACUUCUUUUCCCUUCUCUCCUCUUUCUGUCAGGCUCUCUCUUACAUCUCCAGAGACAAGAGCAGGGGGAGAUGUUUUUAAGAUAGUUCAUAUUUUUCAUGGUGUCGUCCUCUGUGUGGUUUUGCAGGCCAUCCUGUACCCAGGUGACUUGUUUUUUCUUUUUUGUUACACAAUACAGAUGAAGAUGUACAUUCAUUUCUCUCAGUAUUGGAGGUUAGUCAAUGAAAUCCAGAGCAAGACAGUUAUAAGAGUGUUUUGCACAUGUAUAUUUGAGUGAUAGUCAUGGUUUGCUGACCCACACUGUGCUUGUUUUUAACUCCGACACGUAUUCUGAAGUAUGUGUGCAUCUUGAACUCUUCUUUAUGUAGCCCCUACUCAGCGCAAAGGACAGUGCCUUCAGAGGAGAAAUGCUGUUCACACUCCUGCUUAAAAAAGCUCAGCGGAGACAGGAAUAGACGAGAGGAAGAGAGAAGACGCAGAUAAAAAAAAGGUUGAGGUUAGUUCAGUCAAUCAAGGUAAAAGUUUUUGUGUUUUCUGUUAAGAGGUUUAUUUCAGGAAGGAAGUUGUGAACAUUUCAGGAAGUGAAAAGCUACUCUUUCACAUCUUAGGGGACAAACCUUUCCGCACAAAAUGAAUUAACACAAUAGAGACAUCAGAGCCAUAUUUAAUAGAACAAUCUGGUACAGCUCCCCUGCACUUCCAAUAACUGAUUCCCACACUUCAUUCCCAUGGACUUUUUCACAUAUCGCUCAUUGUUCAUGAUAAUAGAUAUGAUACUGUAUGUACUAACAUUUAAAUCUACAUCAUGUAUAGUGUGUUUGCUUUCAAUACAAGUGAUUCUGUUUCUAUUUAUUUAUAAAUGAGUUUCCAUUAAAGUCUCUGUGCUAGAACUGUACAUUUAAAGAUGCUUUUAAGAUUAGCAACAUGUUAUUUUCUGAUUUUAGUUUUCAGGCUGAGGCCAGGACCAACUGAAACGUGUGGAUUUCAAGUUUUUAGUGUCUUAAAUAUUUUUUUUGUUCUCAUAAAUGAUCUAACUCA